UCCCCUUCAUGGAAUUGGGAGUGUGGCGCAGGGGAGGCACCCAUAGCACGGCGACCCUGUCCGCAGGUGCAGCCUCUGUGUUGUGUGCGCUUCGGUGCAUGCACCUUCGGAAUAUUUGCCUGUCCCGCUCCGGCCACUCUGGCUGGGCGGGCCCUUCUUUUUUGGAACUUCCAGCCGCCUGACCCUAACCCUAUCUAUUGUUCGGCAUGCCAAAGAAGGGCAUAA